CCGGAUUUGUCCAAGUUUGCCGCUUUCACCUACCGCAUGCGCGAGAUGUUCUUAUCCUAUAGACCCUCAGGAAUGGCCAUGCUACCGCCAAAUAGCUGUCACGGUGGCGUCGACGGCGUUACCUUUCUCAGGACACUCGAGUUCUUCAUCCAGUGCUUCCAUGUGACCCAGUAUCAAACAGCGAAAGCACUCUUGUUUUCACAGAUUCACAAAUAUGUUGCAACAGAUGUGUGCCGGUGUCUGGCUAGCGCAGUCCGCGGGAAGCUGUUGACUGCUAGGACGUUGUUGCAAAUGGAUAGGGUAGCGGACUCUUUUGGCGAGUUAUUGU